AUGGCAGAAGCAAAUCAAUUUAUGGUAUCUGUAGCCAAAAUAGAUGCAGGAAUGGCAAUUCUGCUAACACCUUCAUUUCAUAUUAUAGAGUUCCCCUCGGUUUUGCUACCUGAGAAUGUAAAAGCAGGAUCCAUUAUUGAUAUGUCCGUGCGCCAUAAUAGAGAGGAGGAAGCUUCCCGUGAGAAAGAAUUUGACGACAUUCAAAAUGAAAUAUAUGAAGCCUAUGGCCAGAACCUUCCUUCAGCACCUGUUUUGAGGGUAAAAAAUGUUACCCAAACUAGUAUCGUUUUAGAGUGGGAUGCUUUACAGUUAGGAACCUCAAGACUGAAAAGCCUUUGCCUUUACAAAAACAAUAUUCGUGCUUUAAACAUUACCAAUUUAUUGAGUACACGACACGCAAAACUUAGUGGAUUGUCUUUAGACACUGACUACGAUUUCACACUCGUUCUCGACACCACAGCCGGGCGCUUUAACAGUACACAUAUUAAAGUUAAAACCCUUCGAAUGAUUGACUUGACAGGUAUUCAAGUGUGCGUCGGUAACAUGGUUCCCGAGGAAAUGCAAGCAUUGCAGAAGUGCAUCGAAAGAAUCCAUGCCAAGCCCAUUCAAACCAGUGUUCAAAUUGACACAACUCAUUUCAUUUGCUCUUCUGUUGGUGGUCGUGAAUAUGAACGUGCGAAGACCGCCAACAUCCCUGUGCUUGGUGUCGACUAUCUGUUGAAGUGUGAAUCGGAAGGAAGACUUGUUAAUGUUAGUGGGUUUUACAUAGAAAACCGUUCUGGUGGAUCUUCAUCUGCAAAUAUUAGUCAUCCGAACGUUGGCGGCGUGCAAACUCCGCCUGUUCAUAAUCAAGCACAAACUGCCAAUCCUACCUCUACCGUUCAAAAUGUAGCAGAAAAAGAGCCCGCUGUGGAUCAGCCUAAAGAAGAGCCUCCUAAUGCAGAUAUUAAUGUUCCUGCCGACGAGCAUGCAACGAAACAACAGAGUGAACAGAAAGAACAGGGUGAGGUGGGAGAAUUGCAGGUCAAGGGUGAGACAGACGCUUCUUCUAAGGAGCCCUCCAGUUCCACGAACCCGCUUAAUUCUGCAGAGCAAUCUGUUGAUGUUUCCAGCGAUAUCGGUAUUCCUAAUAAUACUAAUAAUAAAGCUCAAAAUGCAAACCUCAGCAAUCCAAAAUCUGAAGUUAAAGUUAAAGCCAGUGAUAAAGGCGAGUGGACCGAUGCUAGCAUUCACGAAUCUGAGCAAUCAAAGCAAGAGGUUGUUUCUCAAAACAAUAUGGAACCUAUUCAAGAAGGUGAUGAGUCAAAUAUCACGGCGGAUAAUGAAGUUCAAAACCAAAAUGCUGGCGAGCAUGUAAAUAAGUGGUCAACAGACCAAGAAGAAUUGGCAACACCUUCUCAUGAAGUCAAUGAAGAGAAAGAUACAAACGUUAAUGACGAAACACAGGAGAGCACAUCUUUGAAGGAAGAAGAUAAACCAAGAGCUGCUGAAGAAGCGGUUGAUGAGAACAACACCGUAAAAGAGGUAAACCAAGAGAAAGAUACUGUUGAGAAUAAAGAAAACAGAAGCUUAAAUAAGGAUAUCGAAGAUGAAAAUCAAGUUACUGAGAAUCAUGAUCCGUCCACCGAAGAAAAAGAUUCUGAAAGUUUAGAUGAACCUCAAGCAAAGGUGGACCCAUCAGACGAUUUUGAAAGUGUAAAUCUUGGUUAA